AUGAAAUUUCUUUACGAAGAUGGACAAGGACAUAUUUUUGAGCCCAUGGAUCUUGUUGUUGACGAGGAGCUAUUCGCCACCGAAACGACAAGUUCUCGUACUCAAUUCCUAGCGAACAAACCUCCAGAAAGGCAUUCUAAUCCUGUUAUGCGCCUAAUUGAUGAUGUUGAUAUGUUAUACAAUAAGCGAUCCUAUACAUUUUACUCUGAUGAAGACAAGACUAGAUUUUUCAGCAAAUGCUUGAAUGCUUCUGCUGCAGUGAGACAAUUAGGUAUUCAUGUCCGAGCAGCGCAGAGAUGGGCCAAACGUUAUUACGAGGACCCUGAAAUCAGGUCGGUGUCGUAUUUUGGGGAGGAGCAUGAACAGUUUCUUUUGACUUACAUCGAUGAGAAUCGUUCUACUGUUGUAACUGAAGUAGCAGAGAGCUCAAGACAAAACUUUGCGGAUCUUACUGUUUCUCGUAGCACUGUUUAUAACAUCAUGACAACGGAGCGCAAUCUGAAUUAG